GCGAAGCAGGUGGUGGCAGAGAACAAGACUUGCACGGUCGAAGGAGCGGAAGGGCAAUGGGAAGAGGUGGGGGCUUGAAAUGGUGAAGGGGCGUGGGCUUCUUACUGACCUGCGAGUCGACAAAUGCCUCCAGCCGACACAAGAAGAGCACAGCGCGAACGGGGCGACGCGCAAGGUCUACAGCCGCGUGACGUUUUCGUUAGCGCCCCCCGCUGUCGACGAUUGCUGGAAGAACGAGGGUCUGGAUGCGCAAGGGGCCUGCGAUAUGAUGCCGGCGACUUCAAGCGAUGGCGGACGCGACGGCUCCGACCCGUUGCGGCCACAGUGUGGGCCGCUCUUGUUCGUCGUCGUUCGCGCCGACAGAACGUGUCUCGCAGGGUCCAUCGUCCAGUGGGUCGACGUUGGCGAAUACAAUUUCAAGUUUACGUUGAAGAAGCAUUACAAAAGUGAUGGUUCCGUCGACGAUAUCGCAAAAGGAUGCAAGGUUGUCAGGAGGAUGUUCGGCGGGUACGGCUGGCGUGCGAUGUUUUUGUCGUACUUUGUCCCGCUAGCGCCGGGGCACGACGAGGCCGUUCACGUGACAGACUUCCUCGAGGGCUGGGCGAGAUCUCGUACCUCGGUCAGUGCCGCGGACGUCGAAUUUGGGACAUCGAUCAGUGGUCCCCACGCGGGAGGAGAGUGCUCUGAAAGGGGGAUGGGAGGUCAGGGUGGCCUGCCAGCUACGCCUCCUGAUCAAGAGGUGGGCAUGUCAGACGACUCGAAGGACGACCAUCCGCGUGCUCCUUCGAAACCGUGCUUGCAUGGAUCUCGCCGCCAAGGUUUGCUUGGGGAGUCGACGCCACGUGGAGGCGGCGAUGGCGAACGGUUGCGACAGGGCUCAGAAUCGACGACUCCUCGUGGUCUGGUCGAAAGGAUUGGUUUGUUCGUUCGUGGCAUGCAGGUGGCCGAGGUUUCGCCUGGAGAUCGCGCGGGUGGUCCGCAGGUUCGAGAGGUGCGUGGGUCAGAUGAGACGACUGGUCGGGCCCGACCUGCGCCUUCACAACUGCAGACGGAGUUGAGCCUAGAACGAGAAGCAAGUGGGAACGUCGUCGGUGAGCAGGAGGUGUCCGAGCAGGGGCUGUUCCGUGAGAGAUCGGCUGAAAAGACUCAGUCGGGAGGAAAGCGGAACUUGCCGGAUGAGGAAGAGCGAGAGGGAGUAGGUGCUCUGAAAAGGCAGAGAAAGGUAGGAGGGAGUGCUCGGACGCCAACAACACGAGAGGGCGGUUCCGUUGAGAAGAGGAAAAGGGUUGGAGGUGGGGAUGAAAUGCCAAAAGACUCGUCGACACAGCGAAGAACCGGUGAGUCUUCCGGGAAACGGUCGAAAUCAUCGAGGGGGAAGAAAGCAGAUGAGGGCGACAGCGGGGAGGGAGAUGACGACGUAGAGAUUAACCUCAACGCCUUCAACCUCGACAAUGCGUUCUUCGUCGAGAUGCAGACAGGGGUGCAGAAGGACGUCGUGUUGCACAUCCAUCCCGAAAGAAUAUUAGCUAUUCCAGACUGGGAAGACGCGUACAACCACCGAUCCUUGGACGAGUUUCUCGUUGAUACCAUCGCGUCGGCUAUGAUCGACUGCUACAAACGUAAAGACAUGAGAUACACGAAGCCCAUUUUCAUUCUCGCUCCGAUCGUCGCGCCUCCAGAGAACGGCGAGCCUGCUGUGCGCGUGCUGCCUGCUGACUUCGACAGCUCACAGCCGGAGAAAUACUGGUAUUAUCCUGUGGGUGGACAGCAUAACGCGAGGGCGGUGAUGAAGGUGAAAGACCAUUCCGUGUUUGAGUACUACAACUUUUGUAAAUGGCCGUUCAGACCAAUCUACUUCCCUGACGACGAGUUCGACGGCUACGCCCAUGUAAGCUGCGAGGACAAUAUGAAAGACAAGAAGAAUCCACCGCGCUUGCAGGUUUUGUCUAUGCGGGACAUUCGCAAUAUCUGGAAAAUUAAGGGCAAACCGCGUGUGGUGCUCAGCAAUGCGUCGAAGAAAAAGGACGAGGUGCGAAAGUGGGUACAGUUCAUGGCGUUGGCUAUGAAGAAGACACCGUACACGCCUUUGUGGAACCUGUCAACGGGAGAAAAGAAAAGAAAGGAAUGGGCUGAGAAACUUCGAUACUACCUCCCACUGGGCAUGGCAGAUGACUCCGUCUUCACUUUGGGGGAGAAGUUCUAUGAUGAGUGGUCGAAAGAGAGACUCCUUAAUUCCGACGGCUGGCGUUGGACUGAAAAGUCGCCCACCCAUGAGGAGGUGGCCAAGCCAGGACUCUCCACUGUGACUGACAGCCAGAGGCUGAAGAAACACGUCUGGUACGUGACGGUGGACGACCCGUCGUUGAAAAAGGGCAAGGGGAAACCAAAGAAAGGCGCGGAGGAGAAAACUUUCUACGUCCAAGUUCCAGAGCUGGAUGUCCACUGCUGGAAGAAAUUGGUGGACUUGAUGGACCGCGAGAAGAAAAGGUUGUUGAACGGCGUCUUGAACCUUAACGUCGUGUGGGUUCAAACGAGUAGCAAGAAGUUGGCCGAGCAGGGGAAGUUCAGUGUCAAGGAGAUGGUCGACAUAAUAAAAAUGGACCGGAUUAUGCUGAGGCUGUGGUACUACGUGGAGUUCGAGUACGAGGAAAUGGAUAAGCGGGAGUGGAAUGCCAACUCCACGUUCUUCAGGUCCAAGAAGUAACUGUUGGAAGAGUUCAAGGACAAAGGUCUCGACGGCAAGCUUUGGAACGAG